CAGCACAAAUCCGGAUUGUUUUUGCAUGUCUGACAAUAGUCUUGUGGAAAAUCUAUUUUCAGAGUAGUUGGUCCCGGCGCAUUUUGUACGCUUUUCUAGGAAUUAUCGUUACAUUGAGUGUUUAUGCAAAUAAAUCUUCUUUACCUUAUGGAAAUUGUUGGAAACAUGUUCAGGAAGAAGCAGUAGAACUGUCUAGAAAGCUUUCCUUUACAAACUCAAUAAGCGACAAUCUAAUAGCUAACGGUCUCGUCUACAGAGAAGAUGCGAUCGAAAUGCGUAAGAUUUUAGGCAAGGAAGAAUGGAAUAAACAGCAUACUGAGUGGUUGUUGAUGAAAGUUCUUCCAAAGACCGACAAUUUAGGAUACUUCAAGUUCUGCUGUUUGCUACGUGUAAAGUUCAAUUUGGGUGAAAUUGGAAACAGAUUUUGCAAGGGAUGCGACAAUUUUUCUUUAGAAAACUGCACAAUACACGACAAAAGCGUAUUAUUUGUUGACUCUUCAUCUUGCCAACCGUUGCUGCAACACUCUAUUAUGGAGCAUAUGUCUAAACAUACUUACGUUAGUGUCAACUACAGUUCUAACCUGGAAAGAGAAUUUGUGUUCAAUUCGUCAAUUGUGUGUCUCGAUAACAAGAUUUUUGUAGAUCUGAUAUUCAAUAUUGACGAAAGAUACAUUGACAAAGAAAUUCUUGGAAGGCAAUUUGUUAUUCGUACGUUUAGCGACAACUCCGACGUAGAGCUACAUGUCUACGAUAAGGUAGACGGUAUCAACCGAACAUCAAUGUUGCUAAGCAUGUCAGCUGUAGCUGGGAUGCAACUGUUGUCCGUUAUGGGUGAGGAAACAUCUAAGGACGAAUUCGGUACAAUGUUGAUAUCUUUAGCACUAAGCUCUAAAGUAGGGAGGAAAGUGUUUAUUCAGUUGACAUUGAGUGAUAUGCCUCCUGAGUCUCCUUUUGUGAUGAACGUUAUGCCUAAAGCGAAAUUCUCAAUCAAAUCAGACAGAGACGAUAAUUACUAUUUCAUAAACGAAUUUGAUCUAAUGUCGAUUAUUCACUUUUUGUUUGAGGAUAUUCAGGAUAUAUGGUGGGUGACAGCUGCUGUUACAGUUGCUACAACAUCAAUAUUGUUGAGAAUUUUAGAGGGCUGUUACACAUUUGGAUUGGACGUGCUCAACGACAGUAACACAGGUAAUGAUCGUGACAUCGGCAUUCCUAGUCACAAAGUCUUUCAACGCAAGGAUUUGAUAUAUGAUUCAAGACACGAUUUGAUUGGUAGGGGAGGGUUUGCUGAUGUAUACAAAGCAGUCUUACAACGAAAAACUACGGUUGCAUUUAAGAAACCAUUCAUUGGAGGAUCUCGUUUUAAAAACGUUGAGAUGGAGAACAUUAUGGAAGAAUCUUCUAUUUUGCUGGAUAUUCCUACUCAUAAACAUAUUGUCAAGAUUAUUGGAAUCUGCAUCGAUGCUCGACACUUUGGUAUCGUUUUAGAGUAUAUUGAUGGUGGUGAUCUUUCCAGGCUACUUUCUUCUCACACAAUUGACUCUUACAUGGACGAUUGGAAGAACAAGCUGGAUAUGACUUGUCAGAUAGCUGACGGCAUGAAACAUCUUCAUGGUCUUGACCAACCAGUCAUUCAUCGUGAUCUGAAACCCAAUAACAUAUUGGUUAAAAAGUCAUCAGCUAAAUAUACUUGCAAGAUCUCUGACUUUGGAAUGGCAAAAUUACGAGCUACAACUACUACUGGCUACACGGGAGAUGGAAGUAGUUUACAUGCAGCUGGUUCAUUAGGAUAUGUGGCACCUGAACGAUACGGAUCAGUUCGCUUAGAUAUGCCAGCGUUAGCAAAGUCAGACAUUUACAGUUUUGGUGUCAUUCUAUUUCAAUUCAGAGAGCGUAUCUUGCCAUUUGGCGAAGAGAACAAUCCUCUAGUGAUUGCAUUGAACGCCAGAGAAGGAACACCAUUCAAGGUUCCAGUAAAGCCUAGUCCACAUGGAUAUGAUGAACUGAUGAGAAGUUGUUGUUCAAUGCAAAGAGAUGAUCGACCAGCCUUCUCUGAUAUAUUGAUUAACCUGCAAGCGAUGUCGCACAACACUAAUGCGUGACGUCAUCACAAACUGUGAUUGAUUUAAUGAAACUGCUGCGAAUGCCGAUGUUGUCCAGUCUUUCUGUACUUAUGAAGUUGUUUUACAUUUUGAGCAUCUUAUCAACGUUUGAUUACUGUCGAUUUAGGGUAGUACAUUAUGUCUAGAUAGUAUGAUACAAAGAGUAUGUGAAUACCAUGAUAUUGCUAUUAUUUAUCA